AUGCCUGACUUCAAGAUCUCCGCUUCUUUGGAGGGCCACGGCGAUGAUGUUCGUGCUGUGGCCUUCCCUAAUCCGAAUGCCGUGUUUUCGGCUUCUCGCGAUGCGACUGUCCGACUCUGGAAGCUUGUAUCUACCCCGCCCCCGACAUACGACUACACCAUCACAUCCUCCGGCUCCGGUUUUAUCAACUCCAUAGCCUAUUAUCCACCAACCCCCGAAUUUCCUGAGGGACUAGUAUUUUCCGGAGGCCAGGACACUAUAAUCGAGGCAAGACAACCUGGUAAGGCGUCGGAUGACAAUGCAGAUGCUAUGCUUCUAGGACAUGCCCACAAUAUCUGCGCUCUGGAUGUGUCACCCGAGGGCGGCUGGGUUGUCAGUGGAAGCUGGGACUCUACCGCUAAGCUAUGGAAAUUUGGGAAAUGGGAGUGCGAUGUCACCUUCGAGGGCCACCAGGGGAGUGUCUGGGCGGUGCUGGCGUAUGAUAAGGAUACAAUUAUUACUGGCUGUGCAGAUAAAGCUAUCAGGAUCUUCAAUUCUUCCGGAACCCUUCUGAAGACCAUCCAAGAUUCUCGGGAUGUUGUCAGGGCCCUUUGCAAGGUUCCUGCGUCGAAUCCCACUGGUGCACAAUUUGCUUCGGCCGGCAAUGACGGCGUAAUCCGUCUGUACACCAUACAGGGCCAGGUGGUCGCAGAACUUCAAGGCCACGAAAGUUUUAUUUACUCUUUAGAUGCGUUACCGUCAGGCGAGUUGGUGAGCUCCGGGGAAGAUCGCACAGUGAGGGUCUGGAGCGGCACGCAGUGCGUACAAACCAUCACUCAUCCAGCGAUCUCAGUGUGGGGAGUUGCUGCUUGCAAAGAAAAUGGUGAUAUUGUCACAGGUGCUAGCGACCGGGUGACUCGGAUUUUCACCCGGAGCGAAGAACGGGUAGCAAGCGCUGAGGUAGUGGAGCAAUUCGAGAAAUCGGUUAAAGAGUCCUCGAUACCCGAACAACAAGUAGGAAAAAUCAAUAAGGAGAAGCUACCGGGACCCGAGUUUCUUCAACAGAAAUCUGGCACGAAAGAUGGCCAGGUGCAAAUGAUUCGACAAAAUGAUGGGAGCGUAACCGCCCAUACAUGGUCGGUAGCUUCGCAGGAAUGGGUGGCCGUGGGCACGGUGGUCGAUUCUGCUGCCAGCAGUGGAAGGAAGACGGAUUACCUAGGCCAGGAUUAUGACUAUGUCUUCGACGUUGACGUUGAAGAUGGGAAACCGCCUCUCAAGCUCCCGUACAAUGUUGCUCAGAACCCGUACGAAGCUGCAACGAAGUUCAUUCAGGACAAUGAACUCUCCAUGAACUAUCUCGACCAAGUGGCACAAUUUAUUGUCCAAAACACACAGGGUGCGACUAUUGGCCAGUCUACCCAAGGAUCGACUCCUGCUGGCGCCGACCCUUGGGGCCAGGAGAACCGUUACCGUCCUGGGGAAGCCUCAGCUCAACCUACUCAGCCUCCCGCUCAACCUGAAUCCCGCCCCAAAGUCCUUCCCCAGAAAACAUACCUUUCUAUCAAGACCGCCAAUUUGAAGGUGAUUGCGAAGAAACUACAAGAAAUCAAUGAGCAGCUUGUAUCGUCUGGAUCGAAGGAGCUAUCCCUAAGCCCCCCAGAAGUAGACACAGUCGUCUCACUGUGCAAUCACCUAGAGACCCCGGAAAGUCUCAAACAAUUCCCUACUCUGGAGACCGGGCUUGGAUUACUGUUUAAGGUUGCAACGGGCUGGCCUGUGCCAAAUAGACUACCAGGUCUGGAUCUCCUUCGUUUAUCUGCGGCUGCAACGCCCGUGACUGCUACCGCAAACUACAACGGCCAAGACCUUGUAACUGGGAUCCUAUCAAGCGGCACAUUUGAUACUUCUUCAAAUGUCAACAAUGCAAUGCUUUCAGUUCGAAUGCUGGCCAACCUCUUUGAAACCGAUCCUGGCCGACAGCUGGUUAUGAGUAGGUUCGAUCAGAUCAUACCAGCUGUAAAAUCGGCACUGAGUAGCAGCGGUGCAACACCAAACCGCAACCUUACUAUUGCAGUUGCAACUCUGUACAUUAAUGUCGCUGUUUAUCUCACCUCUGAAGGUAGGGGGUCUGCCCCAGAGUCUUCUGAACGAGGUCUUGUGCUCCUCGCCGAACUGGUGCAGAUGAUCGUCGGUGAGAAGGACUCCGAAGCGGUUUAUCGGAGCCUUGUCGCCUUAGGCACAUUGAUCAAGGGGCUUAGUGAAGAAGUCAAGAAUGCUGCUACAGAUGUCUACGAUAUUAACCAAGUCAUAAGGGACGUGUUGUCCUCGGGUCCCGGGAAGGAGCCCAGGGUCAAGGGCGUCGUCGGUGAGAUCAGGGAGUCGUUGCAAUAA